CUGCAGUCUCUCUGUAGGGUUUAUGUAGGCAUGUGUCAACAGAGAGGAGACUCUCACAAAGCACAUGCUCUCGUCUACAGACUCCUUAAAGAAGAUUUUCUUGAAGCCCCCAGAGUGAUUAUGGUCAUGGUGACAGCAUGGGCAAGUUUUUUGUCCCAUGAAAAUUCUUUAUGCCGAGCAAUUCACAUAGUGAGCAACCUGAAAGCAAAGGGAAAGAUAUUUCACUUGCUCACCAAGUAUCUGCACUGGAAUGAGGAGCCUCCAGGAAACAUCUACAAUAUGAUCACCAUCACCCUGAAGUCUUUUCUGGAAGACAGCAGUCUGAGGUUCGUGAAGAACAGCUGGUAUGGUUAUGAUCUCUGCCCUGCUACCUGGAACUACAUCUUCAGCCUGAAUCUUCUGAGUGCACAACUGGGCUGGACUUGGACCAUUACCAAUAUUAUAUGGAAGUGGUAGCUCAGUGGUGAAGGUCGGGGGUUCAAGCCCCAGGAUCACCAAGUUCCAGUCAUGGCUGACCCAGUGCUCUGCCCCAGGCUUUCUAUCAUCACUGGGGAAGGAUCUUUGGCUGAUCCUGAACACUUGGCUGAUGCAAGCAAGAACAGAGCAAACACCGUUCCGAGACGUCUGUGUAGCAGCAGUUUUCAGGCUUCUUGGGCGACUUGGUCAACUAGGACUUAAGGAGAACCUGCUAAUGUCAUAUGAAAACCUGGCAAAAAGCAUAAAUCAGUUUUGAAUGCAAAAC